CUCAGCCUGCCGCCAUUGAGGUUUGGGAGUAGAGGGUAUGAGAUGGGCGGAGUGCACAGGAACCCGGGAAGGUGAACUAGGAAAAACAGGUGGUACGGAACAAGGUCACUUGGGGGCUGGUUUGGAUGGACGUGACUUAGGCGUGAAACAUGGUGUGGAAAAUGGUGAAAAAUUAAGUGACUUCGUAACGGGGGGAAAAAAAACGGGAGGACAAAAUAUGACCUUUACUUGGGCACCUCCGUUGGCCACCACGCGGCCCAACGUUGGGUGCCCAAGUAAAGGUCAGAGGAAAAGGACUCUGGCUUGGAAAAGGGAAAAUGUGACAAAAACUGACUAGGACGGGAAAAACUAGGGAAGGAACCAGAAAAAUCGACUGGAGUAGACUAAAUCGGGGCCGUCGUGUUCUGGUCGGUUCAUUCUGUCACGAGGGGAGGUUUUGAAAAAGGCAGAAACGUGGAGGGAAGGAGGGAGGCAAGGCAGGAGUGCAGGAGUCUCAAAACAUUAGAUUUAAUUUCCAAAAAAGGGCAAACAAGGAACAUUGAAAAAGCAACUUAAACAAAGUCCCACAACUGAUAACCAAAGUAACAAAGACACACUUGAAGAAACCUAAAACUGGAAACAAAACAUGACUGGUGACUAAGACGUGGCACAGACAGAUCCAAAAAGAAAUUCAGUGGGUCAUGUCUUUACUGUUAUUGAUCAAAUUACAUGAAAAUGACCCAUUGUGAUUUAUGAUGCUAUAUGAUAAUGUACAGUGAAGUGAACAUAUUUCUGGCUGUAGUUAAUGUAUUGAACAAACUACAGUAGUGCAAAGCAACAAUGACUGUGUUGCAGUAAUUGUGCUGCUCUUUGCAUUGCCACUGAGUUUGUGCAGGCACAUGACCCCGGAAAACUGUCCGGUUAAUGUCGUGCUUAUUUUUGUGUUGCAAACGCAUUUGAUGGAGUCCUGGUUUGAAAUGACAAAUGUAUGUUUGUACAUAUGACCAGAUGCUCCAGACACGACUGAGGCUCUCCUUCUCACACAGGGCUCCAUCGCCACAGUCCAGUCCGCCUCACUGUCGGUCCUUAGCAACAUCACGGUCAUAGGUCUGAGCCAUAAUUGUAUUUCUGUGAUGGAUGAGCUGUCCUUCAGAAAUCUGCCCUUCCUGCACACAUUACUGCUGGACCACAACCUCCUCACGAGUCAGGCUUUGGAGGACAAAGCUCUGUCCAAUCUUGCCCAUCUCCAGGUGCUCGCACUGGGCCACAACCUUAUCAGCCAGGUGGGCCCAUUCCAGGGAUCAUUUACACUCUUGAUAAAGAAUCAAAAGACAAGCACUGGUAGCUAGCUUUGAUGUGGAAGUAAAGCCUGUCAAUUGAUGUGCAGAUCCAAGCCAACUGGCUCAAAGGUACCUUGGCGCUUCGAACUCUAAACCUGGAAGGAAACAGAAUCUCCAGUCUAGACCCUGGUUCUCUCCCUUUCAACGAGCUCAGAUAUCUGGAGAAUCUGGAUCUGUCUGAUAAUUUAAUAAAGAGCCUGGACACAAACAGCUUCCAUGGUUUGGUGCGCCUUCGCAAUUUGGAUAUGUCCAGAAACCGUCUGAGUUCAGCUCCAUCUCAGUCUUUUUCCUACCUCAGCUGGUUGACCAACCUCAACCUCGAUCUCAACUCAUGGAAUUGCUCCUGUCAGCUGCUGGAUUUAGCUACCUUCCUUUCAGCCUUCAUACAACAACCUGACAAGACACUGUAUAAUGGACGGAGGAUGGUGUGUGUAAGCGCUGACAAUCCGGCUGUAACUACAGUGCUGGAGCUGACUGACGCCAACUGUGUCCCGUCCAAUCGGAACAUCACAGUGCAGCUGGAGACAAUAGACAGUGUGACACCUCAAGUAUAUGCUCGGGAUUUGGCCAUUACAGCUGUUCUCUGCUUUACUGGUGGCAUUGGCUUGGCACUGCUUGUAGUCCUGAUCUACUAUCAAGUUUCUCAGCGAAAGAAUGCGUCAGAAAGUCAUAAACAGAAGGAGACAGAAGAAGGCAGCGGACCCGUGACCGGCUAUCUCACUAAUCACCGUGAUGUCGGUGAGAAGCAGAGGGAACUCUUUAUGCAAGCUCACCAGCUACUGGACAGUAAAAGCAUACCGAGGGACGCAAGGACCGAGAACUACGGAAGCCGAUUUCGUGUGAGAGCUGAUGAAAACCUCAUGUGUCCAAACUGCAAAGUCGAAGGAUCGAAGCUAAAUCUGUGGGACAUCGGGAUGAAUGGUGUAAUGCAGACAGAGCAGGAGGGAGACCACAGGAGAAGGAGGAUGUUCAUAAUGGAGGAGGAAGAGAAGGAGAGGAAGAAACUUGAGAGCCAGCAAGACAUUCUGGAAAGAGACAUUCCUCACAACUUUCUCUCUUGCGGUAGCUCCAGAUCUUCAUCUCGUCAAUGGAAACACACCUUCAGUCGUUCAUCAGACACCAUUGCUGCGUACAAUGCAAACAACGACAUUGGCGUGAGGUCUGAUAUAGGUGCUACGAGUAGACAACCUGGGAUGCUCCAUUGUAAGAGCUGCCACAGAACAUAUGGGAAGUCAGCACAGAAUAUAAGAGAACGUAGGAUUCCCUCUAACAUGAGCGACACCUCGCUGUUUGAUGACUCGGUCCCUCAAAUCGCCAAUAGAGAGAGGAGUAUCGACUACAACCGGUUUCACGCAAUGAAAAGCAUGAAAACGAGAAGUCAAACAAGAAAUGUGACAUUCAAUCAGGAAAGAAAGGAUCAAAGAAAGGCGAGGAGGACUGAUGCGGUGAAGAUUUCCAGAAACAUGGAAAGAGGAGUGGAGAAAAACCACAAAGGAAAGCUACAGUCCAGCGGCUUGCUGAAAUCUAAACUACUCCGAAAGACGAAAGUCCAUCCGAAAAGGAAAACUGAGCGGGAGAGGAGUAACUCCAAGGAGAGCAAAGACAGAAGGCACGGUAAAAGAUAUACAGAACAGUUGGAAGGUAAAGAAAGCUCAGGUGAACAAUCAAAAGGAAGCAGCAAGAAAGGGGAAAAAACAUCAGUCAGUGAGGGAUUGAUCGAGGAUGAGGACGAAAAGGAUGGAGAAAAAGAUCAGAAAGUCAAGGCAGCAUUCAAAAGUGUGCAAAAUAUCCAGGGGAAUGCAGAAGGUGACCAAGGAGAGGCCCAACUCACAGCAAUUACUCCAGCUACUAGCACCACAGACCCAUCUCACCCCACCAUAGCAGAUGGGGCCUCCAUUAUGGGGCAGGGUCUGGCCGUUCCUUAUCAGGGAGCUGGGGUGGUUCCUAGGAGUCCUCAGCUUUCCUCUCAGCAACCGUUUCUGUUCUCUGCUACUGACAUAAUUCAUUCAACGAGCCAUCUCCUGCAAGGAUCAGCAGGCUCACAACGAAUGAGCAGUAACCUCCCUCUUGAGGGAGGAGCUCUUUUACUCAACACAGCAACCCCAGCGGGUGGUUCACUGGUCCCCACUGGUCCUACCAAUAGACGCGGACCCAACAUAGGCCUUCAUACGUCACACAACCAACCGCUCUCUCAAAGCCAGAUGGAUUUUGACAGCUCUACCAAUGCACAAAGCGUAACGUCAGACCCAAACCUGGCUCAAGCUCCUCGGACUGGGGAUAAACCAACUCCUCUAGCCUCCUCUGAAUCAGAACCUCCAAGCUCCUUUCUCCCAAUUAAGGCAUCUCAAAGUAUCGAUAGCUCAACAAAGGUGACCCCUCAGGUUCCCAAAGCAGUGAACACUGUUGAGAAUUUGUCAAAACGUGACAGUCAGACCGAGAAUGAGGCUGUACCAGGUGGUCUGGUGGAGAGUAUAUUUGACGGUGGAAGGCCUGGAACUGAAGUGCACGCCGUGUCUGAACGAAGCAUGCUGGGUGAAGACCUCUUUCCACAAGCCGCAUCUACUCAGAGCACAUCCUCUUCAGGCAGUUCAAUGGCUGCCUCACCUCUCCUGAAGCAGGAGUACCUUUCAGAGGAAGGUGGCUCCUCCCCGAGAAGGAAGCUGAGGCUGGUGCUCCCUGAGAAGACAUCCGGUCGAGAACCCACAGCACUGGAAAAGAAGAUCCGCUAA